UGGGGCGCGGGGUGCAGGGUUUUAAACAGCCAUGGCCCGGCGGGUGUGGCGUCAGCGAACCCUGAAGCGGUGCCUGGACGAGGUCGGUGAAAACACGGGCCGGCCCGAGAGCUUCCUCACGAUUCAAGAUGAACUGGCAUCCAACUUCACUUCUCUAACAAAAGUACUUUAUGACUUUAACAAAAUGCUAGAGAACGGCAGGAUCCACGGAAGCCCUUUACAGAAACUGGUGAUAAACAAUUUUGAUGAUGAGCAGAUUUGGCAACAACUGGAACUGCAAAACGAGCCAGUGUUACAGUACUUCGAGAAGGCAGUUAAUGAAGCCGUGAAAGAUGAAGACAUCAGUCUUCUCCCAGAGGCAGAAGAGCAGGAGGCCGAAGAGGAUGGUUCAGAGCUGGAGGCUGACGGCCCAGAGGACCUAGAACAAGACGCGCAGGAGGAAAUAGGCCUGAGUGGUGAUGAUUCUAAAGGGGAUGAGACAACCAAAGCCUCGGGCAAACGUGAUCUGAGGAAAAGCCCAGUUUUCAGUGAUGAGGAUUCUGAUCUUGACUUUGAUAUCAGCAAAUUGGAACAGCGGACCAAGGUGCAGAGCAAAACGCCCCAGAAACCAAGAGAAAAGUCCAUAGUGGAUGACAAAUUCUUCAAAUUGUCUGAAAUGGAGACCUUUUUAGAAACCAUGGAAAAAGAGGAGGAACGGCAAAAAGAUGAUGCUGAGGAGGAAGAGAUUGAUUUAUUUGAAGAUGUCGAUUCUGAUGAAGAUGAGGGAGGACUGUUUGGAAGUCAAAAACUCAAGUCAGGUAAAAGUUCCAGAAACCUGAAAUACAAAGAUUUCUUUGAUCCGGUUGAAAGUGACGACAUAGCAAGUGUUCCUGAUGAAGAACUGGGUUCAGAUGAAGGGGAGGAAAUUGCUGAAGGAGGAGCGGAAAGCCUUUCUGAAACGGAUGAAGAUGAUGACCUUGAAGACACUGAAGACAACAAACAACAUAAAAAACGCUCGAAAAGAGUGACCUUUGCUUUGCCAGACGAUGAGGAAACUGAAGAUUCAGAUACCUUAAAUGUCCAGAAAGAUUCUGCUGAAGUUAAAUCCUCUUUUGAAAAAAGACAGGAAAAGAUGAAUGAAAAAAUUGCAUCUUUAGAAAAAGAGUUGUUGGAAAAAAAGCCUUGGCAGCUUCAGGGGGAAGUGACAGCCCAGAAGCGCCCGGAGAACAGCCUCCUCGAGGAGACCCUGCACUUCGACCACGCCGUCCGCAUGGCUCCGGUGAUCACAGAGGAAACCACCCUUCAACUAGAAGAUAUCAUUAAGCAGCGGAUAAGAGAUCAGGCUUGGGAUGAUGUCGUCCGGAAAGAGAAACCUAAAGAAGAUCCGUAUGAGUAUAAAAAGCGGUUAACGUUGGACCAUGAGAAGAGCAAGUUGAGCCUGGCUGAAAUUUAUGAGCAGGAGUACAUCAAACUCAACCAGCAAAAAACAGCCGAAGAAGAAAACCCAGAGCACGUGGAAAUUCAGAAGAUGAUGGAUUCCCUCUUCUUAAAACUGGACGCCCUCUCGAACUUUCACUUCAUUCCGAAACCGCCUGUCCCGGAGAUUAAAGUCGUGUCCAAUCUGCCGGCCAUAACCAUGGAGGAGGUCGCCCCAGUGAGUGUCAGCGACGCGGCUCUCCUGGCCCCAGAGGAAGUCAAGGAAAAAAAUAAAGCUGGAGAUAUAAAAACCGCCGCCGAGCAAACAGCCACAGACAAGAAACGAGAAAGAAGGAGAAAGAAACACAGGAAGCAGCUGCGCCUGAAGGAGCAGGAGCGACGGAGGAAGCGCCUCGAGGGGAGCGGCGCGGCCGGGGCCAGGGGGCUGAGCGCAGCCGCCGCCUCGGAGAAGCUGAAGCAGCUGACGAAGGCGGGCAAGGCUGCGCUGCUGAAGGACGAAGGAAAAGACAAAGCCUUGAAGUCUUCUCAGGCGUUCUUUUCUAAGUUACAAGAUCAGGUGAAAAUGCAAAUCAGCGAUGCAAAGAAGCCAGAAAAGAAACGGAAGAAAAGGCAGGACCUCUCCGUUCACAAGUUAAAGCUGUAAUGUAUUCGGACUGUAAUGUAAAUAGGGGUGCGUAAGUUAAUAUUCACCCAUCGUUCUGUUUUAUAAAUAAAGUUUUUGAGAACUUUU